AUUCCCUUUUCCAAAAAGAAAACUAAUCCAAGUCUCUCGUCCCGUCACAUGCGGAGUGCGCGCCUUCUUAUUACAGAUCCAAUGUGUAGAUUCUCCAAUCCAUUCACCUUAAUAAUAAAAUUUCUGAAGACGGCCCUCUGUUUCUCUCCCAAAACCCACCUCUUCUUCUUUUAGAUUCGUCCGACUGUGUGUGUGCGUGUUCUUUUUUUCGCAGAAUAUUUUAUUUUUGGGCAGGAGAAGGUGGGUGUGUGUGUGUGUGUCUGUGUGUGUGUGUGUCUGUUUAUAAAUUAUUAGUAGUAUAAGUUGAGUUUCUCCGGGGUUGGAGUGAUCGAUGAGACAAUGGGCAAAGUCUCGGUGAUAAUCUACAUUACUUUAGCUGUUCUUUUGCUCCUCCUAAUCUCCAAAUCCCCACAAAACCCGACCCACCACCACCAUCGCCACCGCCACCGCCGCCUCAAGCUCCGCUCCAACUUCACUUUCAACCCGCCUGCCUUGAACCAUCAGGAACACCACGUGGCGUUCGACCCUUUAGUCGCCGAGAUCGAGAGGAAGCGGGAGGAUAGGGAAUGGGAGAAGAAGUACUUCGAAGAGCACGACAUCCAGUGGCGGAAUCGUCCGGGUCAGCCCGCCCAUGAUGAUGCUAUGCCCGCUGAGUCCCAACCCGAGUGGGAGGAUUUCAUGGACGCCGAGGAUUACUUGAACGAUGAGGACAAGUUCAAUGUCACCAACCGCCUCUUGCUCUUGUUUCCCAAGGUUGAUGUUUCCCCCAUGGAUGGAUAUGUGACCGAGCCCGAAUUGACCCGGUGGAACUUGGAGCAGAGUCAGAAAGAGGUUUUGCAUCGCUCCCAGAGGGAAUUUGAGGUCCAUGACAAGAACAAAGAUGGGUUUGUUUCCUUUUCUGAGUACGAGCCUCCCAGUUGGGUCAAAAACUCUGGUAAUGAUUCGUUUGGAUAUGAUAUUGGUUGGUGGAAAGAAGACCAUUUCAAUGCGUCAGAUGCAGAUGGUGAUGGCCGGUUGAAUAUUACCGAGUUUAAUGACUUUUUGCAUCCAGCAGAUACUAGAAAUCCUAGGCUGCUUGAUUGGUUAUGCCAGGAAGAAGUCAGAGAAAGAGAUACUGAUAAAGAUGGUAAGGUCAGCUUCAAAGAGUUCUUCCAUGGUCUUUUUGACCUAGUAAGGAAUUAUGAUGAGGAGGAUCAUCAUCAUAGUUCUGAGCAUGGCUCCAAUGAUUCACAAGAAGCCCCAGCUAAGAAAUUGUUUGCCCAGCUUGACAAGGAUGGUGAUGGGUUCUUGUCUGCUGCGGAAUUGCUACAUAUAAUUGGAAAACUGCAUCCGUCGGAGCAUUAUUAUGCUAACCAACAAGCAGAAUACAUAAUACAACAGGCUGAUACUGACAAAGAUGGACGGUUGACACUGAGUGAAAUGAUUGAAAAUCCUUAUGUAUUCUACAGCGCCAUAUUCAACGACGAUGAAGAUGACUUUGAAUACCACGAUGAGUUCCGUUAGUAUAGACAAGAAAAUGUAGUGUAAAGUAUAUUGGGAGUUGGUUCAUUCGACUAAUGCAGUAUGCACCAGAAUGUUGUUGAUUCUCAAGAACCUUAAAACGGUAGGAGGACUUGCAUCCAAUUUUCCGUGGUAGAAUACAGAAUGAUGGUCACUGUGUUUAGGGGAGAAACUUUAAAACGCGAGUUUUUAUGUUUUCAUCAUUGAUAUUUCCACGAUUUUCUCUCUCUCUCUCUCUCUCUCUCUCUCUCUCU